CUGUCCCGAGUCACAGAGCCGGCACAGGUGAGCGGGGACAGCCCCGGGGCCGUGCUGGAAGGGGUCGCGGUCGGGUCGGGACCCCCGUGCUGCCCCACACCGUGCGCUCUGCUCUCUCCCCAGCCAUGAAGGCGUCGCUGCUGUUCCUGCUCGCCUGCACGGCCGUCCUGGCGGUGGGAGCGCGGGCCGACUCGCCCGAGGAGCCCAAGCUGGUGCACAAGGUGCAGGAGCUGGCGCACAAAGCCACGGCCAUGGCCAAGGACGCCUUCAGCAGAGUCCGCGAGUCGGACGCGGCGCGGCAGGCCAGGCAGUGGCUGUCGGAGAACGCGGAGCUGGCGAAGCAGCGGCUGCUGUGGCUCAAGCAGCAGCUGGCGGAGCUCUGGAAGAAGACCCCGUCCGCGUAGCCCCGUGGGGGCUGUCGGGGCUGGGAACCCCCCGCUCCCACCCGCUGUCGUGGUGCUCUCAAUAAAGUGCAGAAGCAGAG